UAGCUCAAAUCGAAUCAAUUUGAAAUACUCAAUUUCAGUUUAAAAGCGAAUAGUCCAAGUGAAAAAUAUCACAAUCAAGGAUUAGCCUGAAGCCCAUGGUAGAAUGAGUUCCAAAAAAUGGUGAAGUUUUAUCUGAUUGUUUGUUCGUCGAUUCUACUGUUUCACUGGGUCGUGUUUGUAAGUACGAGUAGUUGCUCCUCCAGUGAGACAAAAAAAAUUUCGCUAGCUUUUACCAACUUGAAACACAAAUAUAUGAAUGAUUUCAAAAACGUAUUGCACAACAUGGCUAAGGAGGAAGAAAAAACCCUGGAUGCGACAUUCGAUGAAUUCACAAGUCGGAUGGCGAGACUGCUGUUUCACCGGAUCAUUUUCGUAAGUAGACCAUCCAAUCAGGCUAACGAAACAUUGAAAGCAGUUAUCAACUUAAAAAAUGAAUUGAAAAAGAACACCAGAAACGAAUUGAAGAACAUGGUUAUAAGAGAGGAUGAAAAAAAACUGGAUACAAUCGCAAACCAGAUCGACUUGAAACUUGAUGCGAAAGUGGGUACACUCAGAUAUCAGAAAAUCAGGUAUUUGGGUCUGGAACUGUGUCGAGCACUGAUCGCGAGUGAGACAAUGCGUGCAAGACAGUUCGCGAAACUAUAUGUGGAACUUGAUGAAUACAUAAACCAGAAAGCGUGCUCAGAUUGGAGUGAUCAAUUCGUAUGGAGGGCCAUUUGUGCGCAGGAGGGAUUUUUGACCGAGAGUGAAUGGACGAAAGCAAAACAGGAAAAAAAAGGAAAGAAGCAUGCGAUCACAGACAUCCCAGCACCGCGUAUGACAACCAUGAAAGGAGUAAAUAGACUUCUGGCCAAGUGGUUAAAAAAAUUUCGAUAUUGUGUUCCUUUUCACGUUCUGCCCAACCCCAGAUGUUCUUUGAACUGUCCAGCCUACUUCGAUUCGUGGUAUCGAGACUUCAAUGCCUCAAUUAACGAUGGAUUGAAAUGUGACUCCGAACUGCUUCAUAAAUUCCUCCCUGCUGAGUUGGUAAAUGAAGUCAGGCGUAUAGUGCAGCAGUAUUAUUUUUUCUAUCACGAUGAUGGAAACAAUCAGACUAAAAUAACGCAACAAAAUACAGUUCUUGAAACAAGACAACAAAUUUAUAAAGUUAUGCUUCAAAGCGAGUUUUUUUUCAAAAUCUUUUUGCAAUUCAGACGCAACUUCUUCCUGAAUGGAGGCAAACCGGUCAAUGGAUUUUGUAUUUUGUUACCCAAACCCAAAAAUGAAAAGAUAAAAUAAAUCGAUUACAUUUUUUUAAAGCUUUUAUAUUUUUUAGCUAAAAGGCUGAUACCUACUGGGGAAAAAGAAAAGAACCAAAAACAUAUAGCUCAAUUUUGUAUGCCAAAGUCUCAUCAUUAUAGUAGUUGGUAGAUAUCUAGUCUUUCAGUCUUUAUUCACGUUGAAAAUAAUGUUUCUGAAAAUUCGAAAAAUAAACUAAAAUAAUUAAUUAGGCCUUAGGAAGCUUUAUGAGGCUUUAAAGGAUGCUAAAACUUUUAAAAGAGGUAUUACGACACUUGAGAUACGAGAUUGGAGUAGAUUAAAAAAUGAUCAUGUAGCACAUUACCACAUAUCACUUUCAUUUAUCUGUUAUUUUGGUAUAAUACAUAAUAUUAUGUAUUAAUAAUUAUUAUAGGUCAAUUAAUUAUCCUUGGCCUUCAUCCGAGAGAAAAAAAAAAAUUAAAAAAAAUUUUAAUGCGCCUCAUCCACCGGCAAGCUGACAAAACAAAACUGACUUUGGUGAGUUGGCAACACUGUUUAUGCAACUUUUUAUUUUAAUACAAUUUUUUUCAUUUUAAAUUUAAUAAUUUUUAAUUUAAAUUAAAAUGAAAUGAUUUACAAUCAUUCAAGUUU